ACUUGACCACUUGACGUUCGAUUUAACUGUCAUUUGUUCCAGUUCCGGUGAAGUCAUGCAGAUGAACAGACGAAUUCACACAAGACUGAAAGACUACUCUCUUGUGGCCGUCCCGCCCCCUCCUUCCAGAUUCACACUGCAAGAAUGGCAUCUGAACAAUUUGAUGCGAAACCGAAACUGUUACGACCAGCAAACUCUGGCCGACCGAGUCUUGGCCGAAAGCGACAGAGUGAGGGACGAAGUGGCCGAAAUAACCCUCCUGAACCGGCGCGAGGCCGACCACAAACUCGACGAAAAGCUCAAAGACAUCCAGUUUAACAUCGACGAGAUCCAAAAGCAGAGGAAAGAGGUGUGCAUCGAGAUCGACAACUUGACGACGUACAGCGAGCGCAUCCUCGACGCCAUGGAGUCCCUCAAAGAGCAAGCGCUGAAAAUCUGCAAAAAGUGCAUCAUUUUGCGCGAAGGCCGCAUCGGAAUUGAUCUGUGCCACGACCGAGUCGAAAUCGAGCUACUCAAGGAAAUCGACGUCAUAGAAGGCGCCCAGAAGCUCCUCAAACGCACCCUCGAGCAAGCCAAUGAGCAAAUCCGGCGCCUCCGCUCGACCAUCUACUUCAUGGACCGCGACCUCGAGGACAAAAGCAACGUCCUCAAAAUCGACGAGCACAACCGCGGCCUCAAAGAAACCAGCCUCAAUCUGAGCAUCUACCACGGCUUCGCCCCACUAGACCCGGCGAAUGUCACGGCGGAGGAGUGGCAACAGUUCACAACGACCAAUAUCGAGCGCGCGGCUAAGGAAAUCAACAGUGCGCGCCAACUGCGAUGUUAUGUCGAUACGUUGUUGACGCAAGUGAUUGAGGAUUUGAGGGACCAAUGGCAUGCGGUGAAUGAGGCCUUCCGGACGAGGAUUGAGGAGGUCAAGGAGGCCAAAACCAAACUCGAGACGCAACAUUUCGAAAUAACUCGCCAGGCUAACGAGAUGACACGUAAUGUCACCCGAUUGGAGAAAGCUAUAGCAGAGAAGGAGGGGUUUAUGGCCUUGGCUCAUACAAGACUUGGAAAUCGUGCACAGAGACCUGGGAUUGAACUCUGCAAGGAUUUGGUUGAAACCUCGCUGGUGAACGAAGUGGGCGAGUUGAGACAAAACGUAGCGAAUUUGCAACACAUGCUAGCUGAGGCCCAAGCAUCAUUGCGAUAUUUGCUUAAAACGCAAAUACAACUCGAGGAGGAUAUAAAUGUCAAGACAAACACUCUCAAAAUUGAUGAAGUUGACUGUAUGACUUUACGUCAAGGCAUGGAUUACCACGCCUACUAAUAAAAAUCAAAUUUCUGGC